AUGCCGGAGCAAAACUCCAGCGAGUUCGACGAACUCGAAUUCAGGAACCUUCCACAUCUUUACCAGCCAGAUGGAAAUGGCUCAAGGAAUUGGCCACGGGAUCCCGCCGUCAGCCGCCACCGGGAUUCAGUGAGGCGCAAAAUUGCUGACUUCUUGUCAGUAAAGACAAGUUAUGGUAUGCAACAAAGGGAAUUUCUGGUCACCAGUUUGGAAGUUGACCUAUUUAUGCAGGCUAGUUCAAAGGAGGAGUAUGCCAAUCCAGAGACAUUAAAUGAUAGGUUGGAAUUUUUACUCCAAUGUAAACAUAAUGCGGCAGAAGGUCAAGACAAAAAUGCAACUUUUAUUAUUUUGGACCCUCCAUCGCCCUCUGGUAUGGAAAUGGCGACUUCUGAAACACCCCACCAACCACUGGUGCACAACAGGUUGGAUGGAAAUAGCACUCGUAUGCUAUCACUGUUAAUUGAUGAGCCUGUGUGUGAGCAAGGGUGCAAGGAUAAACAUCAGCUGGACUUGAAAUCUUCAAAUGGUGUCUGGAAUUUUUCUGAGUUUCAAGAUUCUGCAAAGGCUAAUUUCAACAAGUCUGAUCGGGAUCUGCUCCCCUAUCCGAAACGUACGAAAUUAGAAAAUUCUUGUCUAGUUGCUCCACUAAAAAAUCAUACUUGUUCUUCCAAACCUCCUCCAUCUAUUGAUGAUGAAGCAAUGGAGAAAGAGUUCAGAGAAUCUUUUACGAAAUCUACACAGUAUUCCGUGAGCCUCGGCAAGAUCAGACGCAAUGAUGCACAUGAUUAUAUUAGAAAGACGUCUGAGCCUGCCAUGACUCGUGAGCCGAUGGACAUAGAACUGACUAGUGGCAACAAUACUAGAGUCAAUGUGAAGGAAAUUUCAGAUAUUUUGCCUUUCAAGAGUUCGCCGAAAGAGCUUGGGGUUGAUUGUGUAGCUUCUGAGACACAGAUGAGAGCUAUGUCCAUCCAAACACAGUCAGAAUUAAAAGCUGAGCAUGAAAAAGAAGAAAACACAGGAAAGCCAAGCAUAAAGGCCCAUACCAUCAUUGAAGAUCUCACAACAGAGCAAAUUAAAGAACAUAUCAAAUACCUUCGCCAGUGGACUGAUCAGGAUUUCUUGGAUAAGAACAUACAAGAAAUUGAUAAGAACGCAUGCACACUGUGUGGAAAGUGUUGCAUUUUGCUUGCACCAAAAACAAUAUAUUGUUCUUCUUGUUCUGUUCCCGUCAAACGCAAUGCGAAUUAUUAUUACAGCACACGGAAAGAAAAUUCUCCGCAAUACUACUUUUGCACCAAAUGCCACAAGCUUUCUCAAGGUAGGGAGAUAUUCGUACAUGGAAUAUGCAUUUUGAAGGAAACACUUCAUAGAGGGAAGAAUGAUUCGGAGUUUGAAGAAUCGUGGGUUCAAUGUGAUAAAUGCGAGAGCUGGCAACAUCAAACAUGUGGACUUUUCGAUGGAAAGAUUAAUUCAGGAGCAAACAUUGAGUAUAAAUGUCCCAAAUGUUGGUUGAAAGAAAAAGAAAGCAGAGACUACAAGCUCUCGACUAAAAAUGUGGUUUUUAGUGCAAAGGAUCUGCCGCGGACAAAAUUUAGCGACCACAUUGAGGAGAGGCUCUUUAGGCGUCUCAAACAAGAAAGAAAAGAGAGAGCAAAGGUUGCAGGAAAAUGUUUCAAUGAGGUUGCCGGAGCAGAGGAUCUUACUGUCAGGGUAGUUCUAUCCAUGAGGGAAAAAAUGAUAGUCAAGAAGCAACUUUUGGACAUCCUUGAGGAUGAGAGUUAUCCAACUGAAUUCCCCUAUACAUCAAAGUUAAUUCUUUUGUUUCAGAAGAUUGGUGGGGUUGAUGUGUGCCUUUUUAGUAUGUAUGUCCAAGAGUUCGGGUCGGAAUGCGGCAAGCCAAAUCAACGAUGUGUUUAUAUAUCAUAUCUCGAUUCUAUCAAGUACUUUAGGCCUGUUAUCGGGACCUCAACUGGAGAAGCUCUUCGUACAUUUGCUUUCCACGAAAUUUUGCUUGGUUACCUCGAUCAUGUGAAGAAGAGAGGUUUUGCAACCUGUUAUAUAUGGGCUUGCCCUCCUAUAAAGGGAGACGACUUCUUCUUCUAUUGCCAUCCAGAGACUCAGAAAAUACCGAAGUCUGAUAAACUUCGACAAUGGUAUCACUCAAUGCUGAAAAAGGCAGAAAAUGAAGAAAUUGUGGUCAAUCACACUAAUCUAUACGAUCACUUUUUUAUCCAACAUAAACAAGCUAAGUGUAAGAUAACAGCAGCUCGUUUGCCUUAUUUUGAUGGGGAUUACUGGUCUGGAGCAGUUGAGUAUGUCAUUAAGGACAUUGAAAAGGAAAGCAAGAAAAAGACGAAGAAAGAAAUGGCAAAGGCAACUUUGAAAUCCAUGGGUCAGACAAAUUCUUCUAGUGCUCUCAAUGAUAUUUUACUGAUGCAAAAGCUGGGGCAAAACAUUUUACCUUUUAAAAAGGACUUUAUAGUCAUCCACUUGCAAUUUGUUUGCACUCAUUGUUACGAACCGAUAUUAUCAGGGAAGCGAUGGUUCUGCAAUCAGUGCAAAGAGUUUAAUCUAUGUGAAAGAUGUCAUGUUGUGGAGCAAGAUCUUCAUUCAAACGAGACACAUACUUCAGCUAAAGGGGAACAACAUUUCCUCUCUCAGGCCCUAACGGAUGUGACUCUUGAUACCAAAGAUGAAGAUGUUAUUUUGGACAGCGAGUUAUAUGAGAAUAGGAAUAAAUUCUUAAGCUUCUGUCGGGACAAUCAUUACCAAUUUGAUUCGCUUCGCCGGGCUAAGCACUCUUCAAUGAUGAUGCUCUAUCAUCUCCGCCACCUUAUUCCGCCGACUGUGGAGACUGGUUCUUGUCACAUUCAUAAGUCAACUCAACAGUCUUCUGCAGUUAGUCUUGAGGAAGGGAGUGAAGUGGAACUAUCAGAAAGUUUGAUAAAGAAACUGCUGCGGCUAAUGGAACACGCAAAACGUUGCCGAGGAACCAAAGAAGAACCCUGUGCUUCCAAACAUUGCUACAAUUUACGAAGGAUGUUCACCCAUGCUAAGAUGUGCACAGUUAGAGUCAACGGAGGCUGUACAAUAUGUAAGAAGGUCUGGUAUGCAUUAAAUUUGCACUCAAAGAGCUGUACUGAACAGGAUUGCCUAACUCCGCGCUGCAAGGAUCUGAAGAGAUUUUCCGCAUUAAGAUGCUAGACUUUACCCAAAAAGCUGCAGUUGCAGAAGCACAAAUGGAUGAGGGCGUCUUCCAGCAGAUCAAGCUCAAAACUGAAGUGGGACUUCUUGAAAAUUUUCGUGUAUCUUCUA